AUGGCAGCCCGGGACCCGCCGCCGGUCACCAGCCACGCCCCGCCCGAGGUGCCCUCCGGGGUCGCGCUCUUUCUCACCAUCCCCUACGCCUUCAUCUUGCCGGAGGUGAUAUGUGGGUUCUGGGUCUGGAUCCUGGUAGCUGCGACCCAGGUGACAUACCCAUUGCUGCAAGGAUGGGUGAUGUAUGUCUCGCUCACCUCCUUUCUCAUCUCCCUGGUGUUCCUGUUGUCUUACUUGUUGGGAUUUUACAAAAGAUUUGAUUCCUGGAUUGUCCUGGACAGCUUGUACCAUGGGACCACCGGCAUCCUCUACAUGAGCGCAGCGGUCUUACAGGCCCAUGCCACCAUCAUCUCUGAGGUGAUGGUGGAGAAGUACUACCUGAACACGGCAGCCACGUUGUUUGCCUUUAUCACCACCCUGCUCUAUAUCCUCCACGCCUUCAGCAUCUACUACCACUGAGAAUCAAGGAACUGCCCAAAGGAGAAAUUCUCUUAAUACCCGGGUUACUGGCUCCCUGAAGCAACUUUCAAUAUUGGCCAUCUGGAUGCUAAAUAGAUCCACAGAAUCAUCCAUGGGAUAAACCAUCUUUUCAGCCUGAGAGAUGACAUCACACUGGCACAUCUGUUUGGACUUUUCAGUUCAUUCUGAUGAAUAUGAAAAAUCAGUUGUUUCCUUUGCCUGGGAAAGUAACAAUCUCUUAGAAUCUUCCCACCAAGAACCCAGCUCUUGUAGAAACUAACAUCUGAGGUCCUCACUGUUGAGACGCUCAGAUCUACACUGUCACACCUGUUCUGGAUUCCGCCUCAGGAGUGAGGUGGCCCACAUCAGGUUUAUAAGAACAUUCAGUCUUAUUUCCUUAAAACUAAAAUGGUGCUGUUAACACCUCCCCACCCAAAGGUGAUACUGUUUGCCGGCCGUACCUGUGCUCUGGGGUCCUUGUCCCAACCAGCUCCCCACCCCUGGGGAGCAGCCUGGGCCCGCUACAGUGCCCAGACCUCCCCCGCUGUCGGAUCCAAGGGAAAUUGGCAUAAAAUCAAUGCUGAGGGUGGAUUUGAGAGGGAAAACAAGUGAAUGAUUCUACAGAGUUGUUACACAGUAAGAGCUGGUGGGUGGGCAGGAGGGGCAGGAGUGGGGGAUGAGGAGAAGGGUGUAGCCCUUUCUCCAAAGUCAGGACUUUCAGGAAACGGCUGCAGGAUUUUGGGGUCAGGUCUCCAAGGCCCAGCACUUUGUCCCCCAGAAAAGACCAUCUAUGAUGGAGGCAGGCCGGCACUUCUGGGUUCCUGUCACACCACAUGGGACAUCUCAGGAAGCAGGAGAGGAGCCCAGGGACCGUGCUUCUCAGUACACCAGUGCCCCUUGCAUCCCCUUGAGUGGUGCAGCUGGGUGAGGCCAGUCUUAUGCUGUGAAGGUCUGGCCAGGGCCUGGGCAAUGCACUCAAAGAGAGGGCUGGUUGCGUACACACGGAAACCUACAGUCAAGGUGCUGGAUUUCACAGUAAAUGUUCUUCAAAAGGAAGCUAUGCUUUCUGGCAUUCUCCACUGUGUGGGGCUUCUAGCCCCUCUUCCUCUUCUCUGUGCUGGGUCUCCUACCUCAGGCGAUGGGGUGGGCAAAAAUCUCAUCACUGCCUGUGCCUGCUGUUGUUUUGAAAUGAAAUAAAUUAUUAUGU